CCCAGAAAUUAUACCCACCCACAAACAGACAGAGACACCUGCAGAGCAAUGGGUAGGAGACCGUUGCGUCUUGAAGAAAAUGUAUCUUUGAAUUACACUUUAUCUGACUACCCUAUUGAAAUGGAAAAUGAUUAACUCCGUUCUCUGGAUAUUACUCUUGCUCGAAAGUGAUCUGAUUGAUGCUGUAAAUGUGUCUGGAAAAGAGGGAGUGAAAGUAACUUUACCGACUGGACUUACUGAACUACCUAGUGGCACUAUUAUAUCAUGGUCUUUCCCAUUGAGUCGUUCAGAUUUAUUUGAUAACAUAGCUCUGCUGAAUGCUGGUGUGAUUAAAACGGACUACAGUAGGAAGUUCAAAGACAGACUGAAGCUGGAUACUCAGACUGGAUCUCUCACCAUCAGAAACCUCACCAUCAACGACUCUGGACUUUAUAAAAUACUUAUCAUCAAUACCCAGAGUUCAUCUAAGAUAGCAAAGCUAACUGUCUAUGCCUCAGUGUCUGCUCCUCACAUCAGUCACUCAGUGGACAGUCCAUUUGAAAAAGUGAGCUGUUCAUUGGUGUGCACUGUGAAGAACGGGAGAGAGGUGAUCUUGACCUGGUACAGAGGAGAGAAGAUAUUCAACCAGACCAGCAGCCCUGAUCUUCUCGCCAAUCUCUCUCUCCCUCUGGAGUUAAACAAAAGAAACAUUGACAACUACAGCUGUGAGGCUUCCAACCCUGCUGACUCAAAACCAACUCCACUCAACAUUGAAAUGCUCUGCCCUCAAUUGUCCUCACGCUCUGCCCUCACAGAAUUUGGCAGUACGUCCAACCGGCCUCACAACCGUAAACCACGUGUAACCAUGCCAGUUGGGGAUAUAUACUGGUAUCUGGCAUCUGGCACCGGAGGAAUCUAUCUGAUUGAUGCUGUAAAUGUGUCGGGAAAAGAGGGAAUGAAAGCAACUUUACCGACUGGACUUACUGAACUAUCUAGCGGGACUAUUAUAGCAUGGUUUUUCCCAUUGAGUCGUUCAGAUUCAUUUGAUAACAUAGCUCUGCUGAAUGCUGGUGUGGUUACAACAGACUACAGUAGGAAGUUCAAAGACAGACUGAAGCUGGAUUCUCAGACUGGAUCUCUCACCAUCAGAAACCUCACCAUCAACAACUCUGGACUUUAUAAAAUACUUAUCAUCAAUACCCAGAGUUCAUCUAAGAUAGCAAAGCUAACUGUCUAUGCCUCAGUGUCUGCUCCUCACAUCAGUCACUCAGUGGACAGUCCAUUUGAAAAAGUGAGCUGUUCAUUGGUGUGCACUGUGAAGAACGGGAGAGAGGUGAUCUUGUCCUGGUACAGAGGAGAAGAGAUAUUCAACCAGACCAGCAGCCCUGAUCUUCUCGCCAAUCUCUCUCUCCCUCUGGAGUUAAACAAAAGAAAUGUUGACACCUACAGCUGUGAGGCUUCCAACCCUGCUGACUCAAAACGAACUCCACUCAACAUUGAAAUUCUCUGCCCUCAAUUGUCCUCACGCUCUGCCCUCACAGAGUCUGGUCCCAAUCCUGUCGCAUUCGCACUGGUCACAUUGUUAGCAGUUGGGAUAAUAAAUGGUUGGAAUAUUCUGGGCAGUUAAAAUAAGAACAUGUGGAGCCUGCAUGCAAAGAGAAGAAGAAUGAUGCUGAUGUAAACUUUCAGAGAUCGAAUUUGGCAGUACGUCCAACCGGCCUCACAACCGUAAACCACGUGUAACCAUGCCAGCCCAGAACCUCCACACCCAGCCCAGGACCUCCACAUCCAGCUUCUUCACCUGCGGGAUCGUCUGAGACCACCCACCCGGAGAGCGAUUGAAACUGAGGUUGGGGAUAUAUACUGGUAUCUGGCAUCUGGCACCGGAGGAAUCUGUUUACCAGAAGAGUCUGUUUUGUACUCAGAUGUCAGAAUCUUACCUUUUGUUCAGACAUGACUGGAUUCAAUCACUCCUCUCUCAAAGCUGUGACCUUGGAGUGGUUUAGAGGCUUGUGUGUCUCAAUGACCCUGAGAGCUAUGCCGGAGGGGGCUUGGGCCCCUGGUAGGUUUAGCCAUUCCGGAUUGGUCUUAGGUCAGGGGCCAGACCAACGACAGCAUUGGUCCUACAUGUUUCACGUUGGCAUGGUAGGUAGGUAGGCAACCAUACCACUAUGUCAAUGUCUUUACUGUAAUUUUAAAUGUGUAUUUUUCAUGGUGUUGUACAUUACUUUGCAAGAAAUGUGCUUGAUAAAAAUGCAAUUUAAUUGUUGUUGUUUAAGUCUUAACAUUUGUCAACCACAAGGUUGACCUGGUCCUUGUGAGCCAGCUCAGCAAAUUACAUUUCCCCCCAAAAAACACACAAAAAACUAAGAUUUUAUACCGAUCUCACAUUUAUACCUUUCAUUGCCACUAUUGUAUAAUUGAGUAUGUCAUUUCACAUACAAAUAGCAUCGCUAUUUAUUUGUCUGCUGCAUGCUGUGUGUCUUUACUGUAAUUUUAGAUGUGUACUUUUUCAUUGUGUUGUACUUUACUUUGCUAGAAAUGUGCUUGAUAAAAAUACAAUAUUAUUGUUGUUAUAUUUAGGUCAGAACAUUUGUCUGAAAUCCAAGAUUAGUAGUAUUUAAACAAGCAAAUUAGUUAAAUCAUGGCACCACAUCCACUCCCUGAAACAGGUUUUCCAUUUAUUUUCAAAAUGCUUGUAACUGACUGCCCAAACCUGCUGAUUUCAUGGGCAUGUUUAAACUUGUGGAGGAAUGUUUUCAUGUAGGUUUGUCCUGCCUUUAUCUUCCCUCUAGAGACUCUCUGUUAUGUUCUCCACUAUUUACCAAACUACAUUAAAGCCUGAUAGGAAGGUUUCUGUAGUGUUCUUAACCACAUUGGACAUAAGUGUCAUAGUCAUUAACUUAAUAAAAAGUGAGUAAGUUA